AUGGAUGACAUCGUGGCCCUGAAAUACCGGUCUUUCAGUACGGAUAAGGAGUUUAUAAACCUACAGAGACAAGACACUGACGUUUUAGUGGUCGGCUUUAAGCCGGUGUCCUCUCCGAAUCGUCUGAAGAUGUAUGUCAUUGUUGGAACUGUUGUCGUAAUCAUAGGUAUUAUUGUAGCAGUAGUGGUCGCAACAACGCUGAGCGCAAAGGAUACGGCUGCAGUAAACAAACAGAAUCCACCACUACAGGACACAGAUAAAACAACUUCAACCACCAUCAGGCCAAAACGUUCUUCAACACAUGGUGAUGAUCUUCCCAGUUCUCCGACUACAAACGAUGGUCGAGUAGAAACUACAGCUGACCCUACGGCAAGAUCACAGGCAACUAGACAAACAAGUGUGUACGGAAUAUGGACAACAUGGGCGGGUUGGACAGCAUGUGAUGUCACGUGUGGAGGUGGUACUCGAUCAAGGACAAGAAUUUGUCAAAAGGCAUCAUCUUCAGAUCUUUAUUGUGUAGGAAGCUCGUCAGAGUCUCAGACUUGUAGCACAUGGAGUUGCCCAGGUGAUGAUCUUACCAGUUCUCCGACUACAAACGAUGGUCGAGUAGAAACUACAGCUGACCCUACGGCAAGAUCACAGACAAGUAGACAAACAAGUGUAGAACCAACAGCUGACGUCACGUCCAGAUUGGUGACAACUACACAAACUACAAAAUCUAAUGGGACCUGGAAUAACUGGGGAGCCUGGACCUCCUGUGGAGCCACUUGUGGAACCGGAUACCACACCAGAUAUAGGACAUGUCUUCGAGCAACACCUAGUGAUCCAAUCUGUCAGGGCGAAUAUGUGCAGACAACAACGUGUUCCUUGCCAACUUGUCCAGUGUACGGAGUAUGGACCACAUGGGCGGGUUGGACAGCAUGUGAUGUCACGUGUGGCGGUGGUACUCGAUCAAGGACAAGAGUUUGUCAAAAGGCAUCAUUUUCAGAUCUUGAUUGUGUAGGAAGCUCGUCACAGUCUCAGACUUGUAACACAUGGAUUUGCCCAGACUGUUCACAGACCUGUACAACUGGUUCCCUAAGCGCCGACUGUACGGCUUGUGAGUGUACAUCAAACACUGUACAAGGCCAAGUGCGUAACCAUGUUAACGUCCCUUUAAAAGGGGCUUCGAUCGCACAUGCGAGUGUUCCAUACAAGAGGUUGGCGACAACCAAUGAAACUGGUGGGUUCAUAUUGGAAACAGCAUGUGACGCUGUAGAAAUCGUCAUUACCAGGAGUGGAUACGCUGACGUCACUGUUACAGUUACAGGAAACACUGUCACGGUCCAGAUGUCACUCAUAGUGUACCCAGCCAUCAGUAUGGAUCCAAGGUCACGUGUCCGUGUCCAGGGAGAAAAUGUCACGUUCUGCUGUGAAGCUUAUGGAAUUCCUGCCAUCUCCAGUUACGAAUGGAUGAAGGAUGGUGUUUUAAUAGACGAUUCAAAGUACCCAGAUGGCUUUAACCUGACAAUAAAUGAUGUUACUACAAGCGACAGUGGCGAGUAUAAAUGUCGAGCUAACAGUCCAGUGGGGGCGGUGUACUCUUCACAUGCUCUACUGUCAGUAAAAGCAAUGCAAUCGGAGUUUUGCGAGGACGCGUACGAGGAAAGGAAGAUAAGUCUGCCAUCUGACUGUGUGCAGGCUGACAGCACAACUCUGUAUGAAAUCGGAGGAUGCGCCAAAAAGACAUGUCGGGGUGACUCUAGCGAAGACGGCUUAUGUGGUCCUAGUAAAAAGUUCUGCUGCUUACCUUCGUCCGAGGAAGAACGGACCGUUCAGUGCAGUGGAUAUACCCUGAAAGUACUCAUUAUAACGGGAUGUUCAUGUGGCCAAUGUUCAUCUAGUGACAUCACGAUACAAGGACAAGCCAACGGUCUCAACAGUGGUAUCGCGUUGCGUCUUGGUACAGUCUAUGUCAACGGGUCGUCUGUUGCCAGGACAACAUUUGCCGGUUUGUUUUCGUUCACUGUACCCGCUGGCACAUUAAACGUUGCGAUAACUCUUGAAGACACUUUCUCCAACAUUUUACUGACAACUACAAAACUGAUAACAUUAGGCGAGUCUAUGGAAGGUACUGUGUACCAGAAAAUAACGUUAUUGGAAGCUGCAACUCCAGUAAGUAUUUCUUCUGAUGUCGAAAAUACAAUUUCGAUGGGAAACAAUAGCGGUAUGCCGGCUGUAGCAGAGGCCAUAAUACCACCAAACUCAUUCGUGGACGCGUAUGGUAACCCGUACAAUGGUGUAGUAAAGGCAAGUGUCAACAUGUUUGAUCCUAGAAACUUGAGCAGUAUUUCAGUCGCGCCUGGAUCAUUUGAGUUUACUGAUGCGGAAGGUGAAACACAAAACCUCCAAACCUUUGGGGUUAUCGUAAUGGAAUUCAAGGAUGAAUCAGGAAACAAGCUGAACGGUGCUGGAAAUAUGACUGUAAAUCUAGAUUCUUCACUUGUUGAAAGCACGUAUUCGGGAAAUGUUAUAGAUGUGAAGCUAUGGGGUUUAAGCGAGGUGACUGGUCGAUGGGAAGAAGUGGGAUCUAUGGCCAUGGAGACAUCAAAACGGCGGAGGAGGCAAACUGCAGCGAACUACAUUGUAGGAACUCUCCCUAUCAGCACAUACAAGGCUAUCAACUUAGACUGUUAUGCCGGGUUUCAGAGAUGUUAUUACAACAUGGUAGUCACAGAUACAAAUAAUAACCCAGUGAACGGUUACACUGUGCGAAUCAUACAUAUGACGUAUCCGGGGGAACGGUAUUCAGGCAGCACGUCCGAGUACGUCACAGCGGUCAAAGAAAUCACGAGCAGCAGCAGCAGCAGAGACCACUUUACAUUUUGCCGAAAUGACUCUUGGGGUUAUAUACAAGCUUAUAAAGGGGAUAUCAAAUAUAGCCCUGGCAAUUCCAGUUCAAGUGGGUUAUCGUCGUCCGCUAUUUCUCGCUUGGAUUAUCAGACAACUGCAGACCAGAUCAGCAUCAAAUUGAAGUUCCUGUUAUCUUCUGACGGCCCGUUUUAUUACUUUUAUGACUUAUUGACCACAUCGGGGGCACAAAACCACUUUCGCUUCUAUGAACCUACUACUUCGGAUUCGUUUUCAGAAUUUACACUUUUUGAUGAGGACCCUUAUGAAGUACUUUCGAUGUCUUCUGGCAAAGAUCACGGGCCAAUGUUAUGGUAUCCAUACAAAUUUGCCGAGCGAAUGGAAGACUUCAAAAUCUGUAUGAUAAAAAUUCUUGCAAUUGGACAAACAUCAGGACUUUCUUUUUCAGUUAAAAGUAAGGCUGGAAUGAAUAGCGGAAUAAAGGAUACAAUCCUCGGAGUUCGUCAGGUCGCCGUGGAGAACGGGGGAGCUUGCGUCGAAUACAAAUGUAGCGGUGUAUAUCCUUUAUUCAAAAAUAUGACGAAUGGUAUACCUCGUAUGCAGAAUGAUAAAACAAAGAUCACGAUAACUCCAGUAGGUAGAUUGUGCACGGUGUCGUGGGAGGGUGACAUCAAACUUUUAAAUGAAAAUUCAGGAUCAAGUAACGUUGGAAGUGUAUCCCAUGAAUGGGUUAUACCCGAAACAGAAGAGCAUGGUAUAUAUAUAUAUGAACAAAGUGGACAAUAUAAAGAUUUCAUCGGGGUUGAUGCAAAGUCUAUUGUCCUUGACAUGUGUAAAGCAGGCAAAACAGAUCCACCAAAUACAGUGAAUCCGCACCUGAAUUCAGAUGGCCCUGCGCUCAGGUACACGUGUAUAUAAGCUGAACUGACUACGGUUUAACGUCUCUUAAGACAGAUAUCUAAAUAUUUAAUGCAAUCACAAGUUUACAGAUUACACAUACUCUUCAUGUAGCUUUUUCUCCCAUAACACAUAUAGCUUUUUCAGAUAAUGAUGCGUUAAUUUAUUACUAUUUCGGCACUGAGGGUCUAUAGCGUAAUGCAGUAGUCUAUUUGUUAUCAAUCUAUUCACUUCACUGGUUCGCUGUUUUACGAGAGGGUAGGGGACAAAUUAAUUGGUUAUCUAUUAUCUGUUCAUUUCCAAUGCAACUGUUUAAAACAUUGUUCAUUUGCUGAAGACAUGCCGAGUAUUAAAAUUAAUUUCCCUUUUUUA